AUGGUUGCUCCGCCAAACAUUGAAGAAGUAAAGUCUACCUACAGACCACCAAGAUUCAACGACCAGUACUAUGGAUGGUGGAAGACAAGGAUGCAUGACUUCAUCAUGGCUAAAGACUCAGAGCUUUGGGAUAUCAUCUGCGAUGGACCCUUCGUUCCUACGAAGACCAUUGGAGCCCCCGCAGUGACAGUUCCUAAAACAAGAAAGGAAUAUAAUGAUGCUGACCGCAAGGCUAUCGAAAAGAACUUUCGAUUUAAGAAAAUCCUCGUCUGUGGUAUUGGACCAGAUGAGUACAACAUGAUUUCAGCAUGCCAAUCUGCUAAGGAGAUAUGGGAAGCUCUCCAAACAGCUCAUGAAGGACAACACAGAAUGAAGGACGAUGAGUCCAUUCAGGAUAUGCACACUCGCUUCACAUCUAUCAUUACUGAGCUUCACUCAUUGGGAGAGAUCAUCCCCAAGAACAAACUUGUCAGGAAGAUACUUAGUGUAUUACCUGGUUCCUGGGAAAGCAAAGUAAAUGCCAUCACAGAGGCAAAGGAUCUUCAGGAGCUGACCAUUGAUGAACUUGUUGGCAAUCUCAAGACUUAUAAAAUGAAGAAGAAGAAGGAUAAUGAGAGAAUAGAGCCCAAAAGGGAGAAGAAACUGGUCCUCAAGACGGACAACAAUGACUCAGGUGGUGAGGAUGCUGAUAUGGCCUACCUGACAAAAAGGUUCAAAAAAUGGUUCGCAGAAAUGGAGGCAUUCCAAAAAGGGGCAGCUCCAGCAAGCCAAAAGGUUAUGACCUAUGUCAUAAGUGCGACAAGCCAGGACACUUCAUCAAGGAUUGCCCUCUUCUCAAUCAAGAUCAAGAAAAAUGUCGCUGACAAUGCUGUGAAACAAGCUCUUGCUGCAUGGGGAGACUCUUCCAGCGAAUCUGAAGAAGAUGAUCAAGGUGAUAGCUCCAUGAUGGCAGUGGAAAGUGAAGCAGCUGAGUAUGACUCAAUCUUUGCCCUUAUGGCAAAACCUGACAAUGAUAAAGAUGACGAUGAUGAUGAUGAGGUAAACUUCUUAGAUGUUCAAAGAAAUCUAAAGUCUUAUUCUCCGAAAAAACUUAUGUCUUUGGCAAAUAUUUUAAUUGAUGCUUAUCAUAGUCUUAUAAAUGAUAAAGAUGCAUUAACUGUGGAACUGGGAAAAGCAAAACAGUCGAGAGAUGAUCUAGUAGUUGUGGUGGUAGACUUAAAGGAAACGAUUGAGAGUCAGAAGAAAGAAAAAGAUGCCUUAACUGAAAAAAUUACAAACAUAGAACAUGACAGAGAUGAUCUAGUGGUUGUUGUGGUUGAUCUAAAAGAGACCAUUGAGUUUGCUAAAAAGGAGAAAGAAGUUUUAGCUGAGGGGGUUGCUAAUAUUGAGCAUGAGAGAGAUGACCUAUUGGUGGUGGUUGUAGACCUAAAGGAAAUAAUUGAGGAACUAAAAAGGGAAAGUAGGCCUGGGCACACUCGAAAAGGAAAGGAAGUUGUAAGUGAAGCACUCCUUAGGUUUGAAGAUGAGUUAAAAUUAGUGAAAUCUAGUCUGUGUGCAGAGCUUGAGAAAAACAGACAACUUCAGGAAGACCUAGGGACAGUGAAGAGUAACCUAGAAAAAUCACUUAAGUGGACCUGGUCCUCUGAUGCAAUCACUGCUAUCUUCUUGAGUGUUUCCCAAAUCUGUGACAAGGGAAACAAAGUGGAAUUUGUAUCCAAGAUAUGCACAGUCACAAAUUUUGUGACUGGUGAAGUGGUAAGGCUGGAUCAUGUAAGUUUCACGUUGCUGAACAAAUUGGUCAAGAAGGACCUGGUUCAUGGUCUGCCCAAGUCAAGAUUCAAGGAUCACAGGGUGUGUGAUGCAUGUAUAAAAGGAAAGCAAGUCAGAUCCUCUUUCAAGCUCAAAAAGGAAGUUAGUACCUUAAGGCCACUUGAUCUCCUACAUAUGGAUCUAUAUGGACCUAUGAGGGUGCCAAGUAGAGGAGGAAAGAAGUCCAUAUUUGUUAUACUGGAUGACUAUUCCAGAUUUAUUUGGACCUUGUUUCUCAGAACCAAGGAUGAAACCUUUCAAGUGUAUGUAGAAUUUGUGAAGAAGAUCCAGGUGAAGACGAGCCAUAAUGUAGUAUACAUCAGUGGCAUUGCAAAGGGUUUCUGGGCAAAAGCGGUCAACACUGCAUGCUACUUGGUGAACAGCAAUGGCAAGGAAACACUUAGAAAAUUCGAUGCCAAAAGCGAUGAGGGAAUCUUUCUAGGCUAUUCAUCACAAAGCAAAGCCUACAAAGUAUAUAACAAAAGAACUCAAUGUGUUGAGGAAAGCAUACAUGUGAUCUUCAAUGAAUCUCAUGACCCAUGUGGAAAGUAUCUGAAUGAUAAAAAUGAUCAAGACGGAGAACAGUCAAUUGUCCCUAGUGAAGUCAUUGACAUGGCAAAUGGAAAGACUGAUAUGAUGAGCCACGUUGAGGAAUCAAAUGAGGACGGUGCAACCAUAUCUCCAAUUGAUGAAGAUGAACCUGGUCCCUCAAUCACAACAAUUGAAGCUGAGAACAGAGUUGUCGAUGCUGUCCAAGGCACCCCACACGCUAAGAUAAGAAGAAGCCAAGCCUGUCUCUCUCAAAUAGACCCCAAAAAUAUCAAGGAAGCAUUGAAAGAUGUAGACUGGAUUACAGCUAUGCAAGAAGAGCUCCAUCAAUUUGAGAGGAACAGUGGGUGGCACCUGGUUCUACGACCUGUUGACCGAACUGUUAUAGGAACCAGAUUUGUAUUCAGAAACAAACUUGAUGAGGUUGGAAAUACAACAAGGAACAACGCAAGGCUAGUAGUUCAAGGUUACAAUCAAGAAGAAGGGAUUGACUAUGAACGUUUGCUCCAGUUGCUCGAAUGA